UGGUUUCUUUCUGGCCCUUUCUAAUAUUUCGUGACAGUAUAUGCGUGAUGGUUGUUUCUGACAGUGUUCCUCAUAAUAGCGUAGCUUAUCAGCCCCUUACUGGUAAAGCAGAGCUCUUAUUUAACCCUCCUUUCCUCUUUGUUGGGCCUGCUGUACAUACAUACUACUCUGUCGCCCUCAACGAGCAUUUGCACUGCCCUGCAAUUGACCACUACAAUUGACCGUUCCACUUUUUAGGAUCUGAUGCAAUGGGUACAGCAAACAAUGACGACAAUGACAUUGACGAACAACAAAACAGGAAAAAAAUGGAAAGGCGACUUGUGUUGAAAUACGAUCUAUUGCUCUUGCCGUUUCUGAGCUUCAUGUACCUUUUUUCGUCGCUUGACCGGUCAACACUGGGAAACGCCGUUCUUGAUAACUUUGAAGAAGACGUCGGGAUCACUCCAGAUCAAUUCAACACAUGUAUUACCGUUUUUUACGCUGGAUUCCUUAUUUUUCAAGUUCCUAGUAAUAUUCUUUUGAAACGUUUAACUGCGCGUCGAUGGCUCCCUUUGCUCAUGACGAUUUGGGGAAUAAUAGCCUGCUUACAUGCUACUGCAAGUAGCUAUGCCCAAUUGUUGGUAUUGCGUUUUCUUCUCGGAGUAUUUGAAAGUGGAUUUUUUCCUGGCGUCCUCUUCUUUCUUACGCUGUUUUAUAAAAAGGACGAAAUGGCCACCCGCAUCGCACUGUUUUGGGGAUCCAGUGUAGUAGCGCACUCUUAUGCGGGAGUCUUGGCCUAUGGAAUAUUACGACUUCGGGGUGCACAUGGCAUGACUGGAUGGCAGUGGCUGUUUAUUAUUGAAGGCAUCCCAACAGUCGCUGUGGCACUGGUUGCAUGGUUUUAUUUGCCAGCUUCUCCAGAGACUUGGAGCCGUUUAUCUGCCGAAGAACGUGUGCUAGCUAUUAAUCGUUUGGAGCAUCGGAAGCAGCACUUUACACUCGGUGAUCUUGAUGCAUCGAAUCGCAAGCAAGCAGUUAAAGCAUUCACGGACUGGAAAGUUUGGAUUUGGAUGGUCAUGUUCUUCAGUGGAAGUGUAGCCAACACUAGCAUAUCAAAUUUCCUCCCCUUGAUCAUCAAAGGCAUGGGCUAUGACGACAAGUUAUCUGCAAAUUUGAUGUCCGCGCCACCUUAUCUAGCCGCUGUCGUUGUGAUGAUAGGUGUCGCCCAUUCAUCAGACCGAUUUCAAGAGCGCACUUUCCAUGCUAUUUUAGGCGCGUCUGUAUGUGUUGUAGGGUACGCUUUACUCCUCAUGCUGACGGAUCAAAGGGGCCUUUAUGCGUCCAUGUUUGUUGCUGUCACUGGCAUAUUUGUUAUCAACCCAAUUGUCAAUGCAUGGUUAACAAACAAUAUUGCUCCUGAGAUGAAGCGAAGUGUCGCUGCAGCAAUGGCUGUUUCGGCCAAUAAUUCUGCAGGACUCCUAGGCUCAAAUAUUUACCGAAGAUCAGAUGCACCUCGAUACUUACGUGGUCACUCUAUCAGUCUGUCAUUCCUUUGCGUGUUUAUUAUGUUGGCUCUGGUCCAGCGACUUCUUUUACAACGCAAAAAUCGUAUUCGUGAAAGGAUCUGCAAAGAAAUGGAAGCUGGAGAAGAAGGAGAAGGUCUUGGUAAUGCUGAACCUCAGCAGCAGGAAGAAGAACAGCAGCCAAUUAUUAGGAGAAUUGGUGACGAGGCUCUUGACUUUCGUUAUCGGCUGUGAUAAUAAUAAAAAGGAAGAAGUUAGACAAGUAUAUUUGUAUGAAUAAAAUUAUCGAAUUUGCAAGGGGAGUUAUCCAAAAGCUUGAAUCCAAACACAAGCAACUCCCAGGUAAUGGCGCAGAUAACCUGGCCACUUUAAAUCAGUUAUAAAAGACGAACAGAG